AUGGGGCUUGAUAAGCGGAAAAAGAAGAAGACGUUGAAACCGGGACCGGUUUUGUCCAAGGAUAAGAUUCCUUAUGACUACGUGGUCAUGAUAGACGCUGGUUCGAAAGGUUCAAGGGUUUAUGUGUAUAACUGGUUGAAUCCGAAGCACGCCCUUGAAGCUGGCGUUGAUUUGCAGAGCAGCCCGAAAGUCAACUUGGUUCAUGAGUCAACCUUGGGAGAAAAGGAUUCUGAUAGCGAGGGAGAAGAUCUGGAGGGUGGUCUUAAGGACGUUACCUUCCCUUCUAUAUACCUGGAUAAGCAGUGGCAUAAGAAGAUACUGCCUGGGCUUUCUUCAUUCAACCAGAGCCCACAGAAGGUCGGCAAACGUCACCUUCGAUACCUCCUUGCUUACGCUAGUGCUAUUGUUCCGAAAUCUGAACAUCAUAGAACACCGAUCUUUUUACAUGCUACUGCUGGCAUGAGGCUUCUUCCGCCGAAGGAACAACUGCCUAUAUUAGACAAUGUUUGUGACUAUUUUCAAACGAAUUCAGACUUUUACGUGCCCCAGUGUAAGUCUCACGUUAAUAUCAUUGACGGGGAUACAGAGGGCUUGUAUGGUUGGCUUUCAAUCAAUUAUUUAAUCGGUGCUUUCGACUGGCCUGAAGAGCACGCUCACGGCAAAGAACAUAAUACCUACGGACUUCUAGAUAUGGGUGGAGCUUCGACCCAAGUGGUGUUCCAGCCAAACUCGACUGAAUCAAAAGAACACGAGAAUAACUUGUACCGUUUGUCGCUCGGUAUGCUACCUAAACUCAAGAAAAAGGAGAAGGACUCAGAUAAAGAGGUUGUAGGGGACUUCCACGCUCCUGAGAUCAAAGAAUUUAAUGUCUUUUCGGACUCCUUUUUGGGCUUUGGUAUGUUUCAAGCUCAAAACAAGUUCCGCUCGAUUUUGGUCGAAAACUACAAGAAAGAGAACAAUAUUCCUGAGGAGACUAAUUAUUUCGGAACUCCUCUUUCGGACCCAUGCUUGCCCAAGGGCUAUACAACGAAGGAACUUAUAAACCAUAACUAUAUUGACUUUACUGGAGGUUCUAACUUCAAUGAAUGCUUGACGUCAAUUUUCCCAGUUCUAGAGACCGCCACUCAUCACGCUGGCAACCCAAAGAGCUGCUUCAAGCUCGGUGAAACUGGUAAAGUAAGUUCGUGCUUGCUUAGCGAACUCAUUCCAGCAUUUGAUUUUGACGUGAACCAUUUUAUCGGUGUCAGUGGUUAUUGGGAUGCCAUAAACGCCUUGUCGUCAUAUGGCAAAAUACCACGAAGCGAGUCUGAAAAGUAUGAUUAUGUUAAGAUGUAUACUGCCACAUCUCAAUGGUGCUCUCGCUCUUUUAAGGAAAUGAUCGAGAGAAACAACCUUCGUGAGAAGAAGGAAAGGAUACGUGAAGAUGAGCUUGCACAGCUUUGUUUUAAGUCUUCCUGGAUUCUUAAUUUCUUGCACGUUGGUCUAGGCUUCCCUCGUAUUGGUAUCGAUGAUAAAGAAAAAGAUGACAAAUUCAAGUCGCUUCAGCUCAUUGAAAAAAUGGGUGGCCUGUCGUUUUCAUGGACUUUGGGAAGAGCUCUUCUCUACGCUAACGACGAGUACAUUCAGGCGUUCAACAACUAUACCAUCGAGAAGACUGGCAAAAAAGACCAUUUGGUUAAAAGACCCGGAUAUUUCUACACGCCGAGAGAGAAUGCUUUCCACUUUGGUGCCGAGCCGGCUGGCUCUUUCCCAAGACCAUUAUAUACCCGUGAGGUUCCUGGCACGAAAUACCCGAUCUUCGAUUACGAGUAUGAGUAUGCCUCGCAUCCGUCAGAACUGAAAUGGUACCUAGAGACGCAUAGACUCUACGGUGCCAUUAUAUUCAUGGCCAUGGUGAUGGUGAUAUUUAUACUCAUGCUUGGCAGGAAGGGCCGUAAGAACGUCGUCAACAAUGGCAGAUCAUUUGUGGGCAAGUCUCUUGCUUUUGCAGGGUUCACCAAAUUUGCAUAUUCAAUCGUUCCCGAGUACGAAGCAUCUGAUUCAUACGAGCUCGACGAGUCGCUUCCUGAUAGCGUUUUGGGUGAGGGCUCAAGCAGAUUUGUUGUGGAAGACGAGGAAGAAGUCUAG